CCGUUGCUACUCAGAAGUUAUCUAUCAUUGAACUAGUGAGAAUCUCCCAUUAGGAAUUUAUUUAUUUAAACAAUUUUUUUUUAAUUUUUGGUGUCAAAAUCGCUUAUAACUUCUUUUUUCACAUAAAUUAUGAGACUAUCAACAACACUGUGCUUUGCACUUGUCGUUGCUCUGUGCUACUUUGCAACUGUUGAGUCUACACCAAUCCAAAAGAAUGAUGUUUCGGAAAAUAACAAGGAAGUAGGUAGACAAAGUGGAUCAAUCGUAAGUCCACCAAUUCCAGGAGAAUCUGAUGAUGAUGAUGACGACGAUGAUGAUGAUGACGAUGAUGAUGAUGAUGACAUUGGUGAUCCUUUCGAUGACGAUGAUGAUGAUGAUGACGAUGAGGACGAACCAGUUGCUACAGGAAAUCAAGCCCCUGGAUCUGGAAAUCAAGCUUCAGCAGGUGGAGAUGAUGAUGAUGAUGAAGAGGACGAUGACUAUAUUGAAUCAAUCUUCGAUGGAUUCUUGGGAGAUGAUGAUGAUGAUGAUGAUGACGACGAUGACGAUGAUGAAGAGCAAGUCCAACAAGAAGUUGUACAACAAGUAGCUCAGCCAUCACAACCAGCUCAAUCACCAAUCUCAUCAGAUUCUCAAGCAAUUAUUACCCCAGAUGAAGCUGUAGCUGACAAUGUUGAUGAUGUCACAUUAAACAAUGAAAUUAUUGCUGAAAGUGGUGCAAAAGAUCCACAACAAGCUGCUUUAGAUCAAGCUGCAACAAUUAACAAUAGCAUUAACCCAGUUGGAGAAGAAGCAAUUGUGGAUGAUGAUGAUGAUGACGAUGACGAUGAGGGCGGAAUUGAGGAUGUGAUCGAUGAUGACGAUGACGACGAUGACGAUGACGAUGAUGACGAUGAUGACUUGGGUGGAGAACUGAUCGAAGCCAAGAAUUCACGUGCUUUGGAUGAUGGAAAUGCACAAAUGUCUGACAUGUUUGUGUCCAAAUACAAUACAUUCGUUGAUGGAAUCUAUGAUAGAAUUAAUUCAAUCUUAAAGAAGAGCUAUGAUCCAGUUAAUGUGAAAUUGUCGGUGGAAACAGCUGAGGUGAAAACGACAUCCAACAAAAAGUCACAGAAAAAACGUAACAAUACGAAAAGUAAGAAGAACAAAAAGAAGCCAGUUGAAUCAAAGCCAGAAGUAAAAGCUCGUGCCAUUGCCGAAGAAGAAGUGCCAGCACCAACAAAGCCAGUAGUUGAGAAACAAAAGACAGCUAAACCAGCACAAAAGAAAAGCAAUAAACGAAAAACCAGCACAAAGAAGCAACCAACAACUGAUGCUGUACAAAAGAAGCAAGCUGAACAAAAGCAGGCAAAAGCUACACUUUAUGGACUCGCAUCAUUAAAGAGAGUCGGAAAUGUUAAAGUUGUUCCAAGUACCGAUUUUACAACAGUCAAGAGCAACUUCGUCUUAGGUCCAUUAAUGCUUAAAGUUGAGAAGCAAACAGAAGAGAAGCGCGAUAUCAAAAUGGCAACAGCAACGACUCAUGAAAUUUAUGGCAGAAUUAAUUUAAGAGUAGUCAAUGGACAGGCAUCACUUCACUCAAUCAAAGUUCAACAACCAAAGCAACUGAAAGUUGAUGCUGAUGAGAAUAAACCAUCAUUACGUCAAUAUGUAGGAAAGAGAAGCUCCAACAUUGUGCGCAUUGUGUCAAGAAAACUAAGACAUGCAGCAAAGACAUCACUUGCGCCUGCAGCAUAAAAAGUAUUCAAAGCAACAAAAAAAUUUCAAUUUUACUGGAAUUUUAGAUCAAAAAAUUCUCAAAACAUUCUUUCGUGACAAGUGUCUGCAAAUGAAAAAGGAAUAGCUUCUGAAAGGAAUUGCAGAAAACUUACAAAAAGUUUAACGUUAAGUUAUUUAUUUAUUUAUUUAUUUAAUUUAUUUUUUUGAACGUCUUUUCUUUCUUGUUAAGAAAAUUCUUAA